GGCUUUGGGAGCGGGAUUUUAGAAGAAAAAGCCAGAGUGCUCUCUGAGGAGAGGAAGAAGAGGGGAGAAGGGAGAGCUAGAGCGGGUUCAGAGCCAGAGACACCCUUCGCUUCGAACUCGCUGAGACACUAAAAUGGAUCGGUACCAGAGGGUGGAGAAGCCAAGGGCGGAGACGCCGAUAAACGAGAACGAGAUUCGGAUAACCACUCAAGGGAGGAUGAGGAACUACAUUACUUAUGCGACCAGUCUGCUCCAGGAGAAGGGUUCUAAUGAAAUUGUUCUUAAGGCCAUGGGAAGAGCCAUCAACAAAACUGUGAUGAUUGCUGAACUGAUUAAGAGAAGGAUUGCUGGUCUCCAUCAGAACACAUCAAUUGGGUCUACUGAUAUAACUGAUAUGUGGGAGCCACUUGAAGAAGGCCUGCUCCCCUUAGAAACCACUCGCCAUGUUUCAAUGAUAACAAUCACUUUGUCAAAGAAAGAGCUAGAUACAUCCUCCACUGGAUACCAACCACCUAUUCCAGUUGAUCAAGUAAAACCAUGGGCUGAAUUUGACUAUGAAGGAGAGGGCUCUCCUGCCAUGCGAGGUAGAGGACGUGGUGGUCGAGGUAGGGGUAGGGGCAGAGGAAAUAACAAUGGUAUGGGGGAGUACAAUGGAGAUGGAGGUUGGGAUGGUGGGCGUGCGUAUGGUGGAAGAGGCAGAGGCCGUGGAAGAAGCCGCAAUUUCCGUGGGCGUGGAAGAGGUUAUGGUGGUGAUGCACAACAUGAAUCUGGUGGUUAUAAUGAUUAUGGUGGAUCCGAAGGACCAGCAGUCCAAGGCCGUGGGCGUGGUCGCGGUAGAGGAAGGGGCCGUGGUGGGCGUGGAAGGGAUUUUAGAUCAGAUGGGCCAAUCCAGGCAGCUGCUUGAGCCCUAGACUCUGCUGAGAACCAAUAUUUGGUUAGAGUGGAAAAGAAGUUCUGGAUGCCUGCUCUGCUGAUCAUGUUAUUUCUUCUUCUAAGAGAGAAUGGACUUUUAACUGAUAUAUUUUUAGGCAAUUUCAAUCGAUUGCUAGUGGUAAGCAGCUGCUGCAAUCGUUGUGCAGCAGCUAUGUUUUUGUAGUUAGGUUGGUAGGAUUAUUCUCAUUUGUUAUUGGCAGAAAAGAAUCAUGGUGUUCGAUAUACCCAGAAAAAAAUUGUACAAUUUCUCUGAUGCUUUUUUUUUUUUAGGAAAUAAUAGAGCAGUACAUUCUUUCAUUCUUCCAACUUUUCUACCCCUGUUUUGAGUUUAAAGUAAAACAUUUCAACGCUGA